AUGAAGACAUCCAUCCUCCUUUUGGCAGCAGCACCCUUGGCCGAGUCAUUCCUGGUGGCGCCUCCCAAUCAGCGUUCGUUGACCUUGCAAAUGGCGAAGAGCAAUAAUGACGGCCACCCCAUCCUCUCAAAAAUGGUGCAGGGCCUGGACUCGGUUUUGGAAGACUUGGUGGAGGAAAAGGACGAUACACGCAUGGUGAAAGAUCUCGAUGAAGCACAUCACGAAUGGGCGGAGGAAGCGAAACGGAUCCACCAAGUGGAACAUUCUCUGGAAUCCGAUGCCUACUUGGCUGGAUUGGUGGAGCCCAGCAAGGAAGCUCAAAAGGCAUUUAUCGAUAAGGAAGCGCACCGUCACGAUUCGUUGUUUGCCGAAGUCGCUCAUGCCAUUGAGAAUGAUCCAGAUCUUGCCAAUAUCGUGGCCGAAAAAGACGACAAGGUGGUGAAUCCCAGUUUCAUGGAACAGGAAGCUCACGUCCAUGACUCGUUGCUCAAUGAGAUUGCGCACUCUCUCGACAAUGAUCCCGACCUCACCGACCUAUACAGCAUGUAG